GAAGCCGGCGGUAGACCACAAGAGCCAAUAUAUUGGGCAAAGCCUAGACGAGGCCAUGGUGGAGAUGGCUGAGGAGGCCAUGGAGCCCGAGGCGGACAUCAUGGGGCUGUGCCAGGACAUGUUCUCCAAAAUGGCCACGUACCUAACCAGUGAGCUGACAGCCACCAGUGAAGACUAUGAACUUCUGGAAAAUAUGAGCAAACUGACUAGCUUGAAGUAUCUAGAAAUGAAAGAUAUUGCAGUAAACGUAAGUAGAAACCUAAAGGACUUAAAGCAGAAAUAUGCGGCACUUCAGCCUUCUCUGGAUCAGAUCACUUUAAUUAAGCAGCAAGUAGCAGCUCUUGAGCAGGCAGCUAACAAGUUGGAUGCACAUUCAAAGAAACUGGAAGCAAAGUACAAGAAGUUAGAGAGGCGAUGAAAACAUUCAUUAGCACAAAGACUUUAUAAGAAUGUUUCCUAAGAGCUGAAGUAAGUGGGA